AUGGCAGGUACCAACGGAGAGAGGGCACCGACCAGCAAAAUGGCCUCGAGCAAGGGGAGAGGCGAGGUUUUAAAGAGAGGGAACAGUGCUGUUUAUCGGCGACCCUACAGGGACAGGGUGAUUCAUUUACUUGCUCUGAGGGCUUACAAGAAGCCAGAGUUGCUUGCUUGCUUGCAGAGAGAUGGAGUCAUGCAAAAGGACAAGGGCAGCCUUGCAAAGAUCCUUCAGCAGGUAGCCAAGUGGAAUGCAAAGGAUAAUUCCUUCAGUCUGAAGGAACAUCUCUUUCAAACCCUUCAGACUGAUUGGCCUGGCUACACUGAAAUAGACAGACAGAAUUUGAAGUUAAUCCUCUCUGGAAAAUACGUAGCCAUCGUCUCCUUGGAGCAACGCCAGCGCUACAAGGAUGACUUCAAUGCAGAGUAUGACGAAUACAGGAAUUGACAUUCCCUAAUUGACAAGACUACAAAGAAGUUCAGACAGUUUCAGGAAUCUUGGGCACUGCAUCAUCAAAUCCUAGCAGAUUAUCAGCAGUUACAACAGGGUAGCCCCAGCUACUCUGAAAUGAAGAGCAGGUGCCUGUACCUCCACAAAAAGCUGGCCCAUAUUCAGAGCCGCAUUUCUGAAUUUGACCAGCAGUGA